AUGCCUUCCUUUCCAUCCAAAACUAUACACAGAUCCAUAAGGGCAGUAUUUGCAACAUUAUACCUCGUAUGGGUGAUCCUUACGAUCCCACUUGCUUUUGAUGUUGGUGGGGUCAAUUGUGGAUUGGCAUUUUCAUUAACCCUACUUGUCAUUUACUUUAUUUUAACCACAAUACAACUACUAGCACGAAGAACAAGAUAUUUCAAAUGGAUUUCACUUGUAUACUAUGGACAACAUUUUCUUAUUCCAAGUUUAUUGACUUAUUUCCUCAGUUAUUAUAGUAAUGAACCCAAAAUUGAGUCCAAGUUUAAUCCAGUAUUGAUAUGGAAGUUUCUUUUAAUCAAUGCCACACCCAUUAUCACCAUCUUGGAAGGAUUUUGUUCAUUGUUGUUGAUUCAAGCAAUUGGCCAAACAGUCAACUGGUUAACCUUGUACAAGUCUGACUCGUGGUUGAUUAUAUCAUUGAUAGGAAGUGCCGUGGUUGACACCGGUGCUUUUUAUUGUUUGUACAGAAUUUAUGUUCUUCCCAUCACCAUUGACAUAUUGGAGUCAUCCCUCUUGGGCUCAUUAUUAACAUUGACAUUUGGGUUAUGUUUAUUUGGAAUCGUUAGUGGCAAAGGCUCAAUGAUUGAGUCCUCAUUGUUGUUUGCUUACAUUGUUCGAUGCAUUUAUGAAACGUUCCCCACGUUAUCCGAAGGCGCAUCAGAAGCAUUGGCAAACUUGUUAACACUGGCAACUCAAAAUGUCCGUAAUGAAAUACCAAAGAUUCCUCCAUCGAUUAUGAAUCCUAUAUCAGAACUCGUGCCAUUUUUGACAAAGACUUUUCCUCUUUCAUUGAAAGGAGUUUGGGAAUAUUUAAUUGAAGCUUCGCAGAAAUUGCCCUUGUCACUAUUACUCAACCUUGUUUAUCGAAUUGGUGUUUUUUAUGCAGCAACCAAGAUCAUCCCUUCUUUGUACAAGUCAGCAUCCUAUCCAUCAUCAACACCGUUACAUCCACGCUCACGUGAAACUUCAAGCACUCAUCUAUCUUCGCUAAAUUCAAAUGAAAGAGUGCCCUUGAAAACAAGAAAAUCAUUCCACCUCAAGCCGCCACAUCAUCAACCACCAUCGGCAUUUAUACGGCUCAUCUAUGCGUAUUCACCAUGCUUAGUGAUUACAGUCUACACCCAUCUAAUGUUGUCAUAUAUUGGUGAGUUGGGGGUUGAGUUACAAGUAUGGCCAUUAUAUGGGAACUCGGGUACUAGAAUAGUAGUCCAUCCAUGGAAGUUUUGGAACUGGAUCAAUAUGGGAACAACAUUGAUCCUUUAUGUUGCCGAGUUGCUGAACAACGAGAGUUCGUCAGGUGGCGGCAAUAGUUUAACGAGCCACUGGAAAGUAGAGUAG